CGUACAAACCACAAUCAUUGCGGGUGUCAAACACGCGCCAUAAGCGCAAUUACCGAACCACUCUCUCCGUACGCGCGCCAGCUCUCGGACUGCAUCGCCUGGGGCGUAGCCGGCGCGGGGUCUAAUCAGCGCCUCAUCGCGUACGGUAGCCUCAGGCCAGUUUCAAGCGCACCCGGCGCACUAUAGCCAACUCCACACUUAUUUUAUUUCCAUUCUUCGAACAAAUGUGCAUAAUAUAUACACAUGAGCUGUGUACCUUAACCGCCUGUUUCUGGUACAUUCUCUGCAACAAGCAACACCCCCCUAAACCCCUUAACAUUCUUUCUUUCUACUCUCCCUCCUCUUUUUCAGAACCCUCACUCUUUCUCUCUCUAAAAUCCCCUCUCCGACGACGGUUCCGGCCUAAUGAGGUUCCGUGAAGGUUGCCAAAGACAUAACAAAUAAAGUCUUAACUAGUCAGAGGUUUCAUGCUAUGUCGCGCCCUGGAGAAGCAACUGUAGAAGAGAAUGUAGAAGAGAAUAUUGAAUUUAGUUGGGGCCACAAGAAGGGAAUUGGUGGGCCAAACAAAGAUGUCCAAUUUUAUGAGUCAUUUAAAUAUGAUGGUGUGGAGUAUUUUCUUUAUGAUUGUGUGUAUAUAUGGGGUGAAAAUAUGCCCAAUCCAUCUAUUGGUAAAGUUAUAAGGAUGUGCGAGACGAGUAGGCACAAAAAAUUUGUGAAGAUUGUAUGGUUCUUUCAACCUAUUGAGAUUCAAUAUUGGUUGCAAGAUGUUGUGCCACUCAAGAAUGAAAUAUUCUUAGCUUCCGGUGAAGGCAAAGGCCUUUUCAAUCUUAAUCCUCCGGAAGCAAUUGUUGGAAAAUGUAAUGUUGUCUGUACAUCAAAGGACAACAGAAAUCCUCAAGCAUCUGAAGAAGAAUUGUUAAUGGCUGAUUACAUUUUCUAUCGUACUUUUGAUGUUGGAAGCUGCACAAUAUCUCACAGCUUUGUGGAUGUAAUAGCUGGAAUUAAUGUGAAGCAUUUUUUUAAUAAGGAAAAAGGUCAAAAGCUCAUUACUAUGGAACAUGGUGCAAAUUUGAAUGAGAAGAGUAGAUGCUCAAGUUCGUUUUUGAAGGUUGAAGGGGUCACUGCUGUGAGGAAUCCAGUGAAAGAUGGAAAGACUGAUAUCGGUGCUAAACCAACAGCAGCCAAAGUGUCUGCAGAAUUAAAGAUCCCAGCAGCAAUGAGGAAUCCAGUGAAAGAUGAAAGGACUGACAUCAGUGCUAAACCAGCAGCCAAAGCAUCUGCAGAAUUAAAGAUCCCAGCUGCUAGUUUGAGUAAACAAUCACGAUUUAGAGAUGAGAAUAUUGUGGCUAGACCUAAAACUUUUAUUGGUAAGGUUGGGGCUGGGGAUGCUCAAGUGGCAGAUAAGGCUGAAAUGCAACAUUCCGACAAUCUGUCAACCACAAAUUUAUCAGAUAUUAGUCCACUGAAAAAGAGGAAGGUUCAAUGUAUUGUUGGUCUUAAAGACGAUCCUGCAAAAUUGUCUGAUACUCUCCCAAGAUUACCUGAUAUUCGAGUGAAAUCUGUAGAUGCUGUAGAUCCUGUCAUCAAGAACUCGGAACUAUCUAAGGGGGUAAAUUUUCAUGAGAAGGCAAGGAAGAUUUCUGAUACGUCAGUUGCUCAACAUGAACAAGAUAAGGGCAUCAAAACUGACAGCCAGAUUUUGGAGGUUACAAGGAAGCCGGGUGAGGAUACAAGUAAAUGGUUCAAGCAACAACCUUGGGAGGAAAGGAUGCAGAGGGCUUAUGAAAAAGGAACUCUCGUCUUUCUAGAAAACCUGGAUCCAUCCUAUACAUCAUCAGAAGUAGAGGAUUUAGUUUGGCAUGCCUUCAAGGCAAAUGUUAAUGCGAAGAUGGUACAGUGCAGCUCUUUUUCCAGCCCACACUAUGGACAAGCUAUUGUUAUAUUCAAAUCGAAGGAUGCAGCAGAACUUGCUCUUACCGAAUUAAACAGGAAAUGCCUAAUGCUCACAAACGGAAGAGCAGUUGUUGGUCGCAAAGGAUCACCAAAGAAGCCUAGUGACCAAACUAGAUUUGUUGGUCACCUCAUCAUUGGCAAAUUCAAAUUCUACAAGCAACGUGAAGAGAUGAAAAAUGCAGUAUCAACAUCACACUAUUCCCAACCCAACACUAUUGAAUAUGAUAUGGCCUUGAAAUGGCGCGUAUUGCAAGCAAAAUCAAAUCUAUGGUGGGAUGCUCUGAAUGAGCAACAGGCAAAGGAGAUAGAAGACCUUAGAAGCCAGCUAAGCAUGAGUCAUGAUGAUUUGUUUUGUGCAGAUGACAUAUGGGGGUAUAGAUUUUAGUUUAGAAAAACUUGAAAGAGAGCACACAACUUACAAGGGUUGUACCCAUUUUUGGAUGGCAUACUUGGGGGUCCUGCCCAUUUUGAGAAAUGUAUAGAUAGUCUAAACUACAAACCUCAGUAGUAAAUGCAGCCAGCUUUUGGUGUAAAAAUCUAUUUCUUGAUGACAUUUUGUCCGCAACUAUCAAUUUUUAUAUUUCCUAUCUGCAACAGCAAACGUGUUUUUGAGCAAAUCUUGUUACGAGUUGAGUGAAAUUGUGUUAUGAAUAGAAACUAAUGUAUUCCAUCUGUUAA